AUGGGUCGCGUCCGUACAAAGACAGUCAAGCGCGCUUCUCGCGUUCUCAUUGAGAAGUACUACCCAAGACUUACGCUUGACUUCCACACCAACAAGAGGAUCGCAGACAAUGUUGCUGUCAUCCCUUCAAAGAGACUCCGUAACAAGAUCGCUGGUUUCACCACUCACUUGAUGAAGAGAAUCCAAAAGGGUCCUGUCCGCGGUAUCUCAUUCAAGCUCCAAGAGGAAGAGCGUGAGCGUAAGGAUCAAUACGUUCCAGACGUCUCUGCACUCGACACAACUGAGAACCCACUCGAAGUUGACCCAGACACCAAGGACCUCAUCAAGUCACUCGGCUUUGACUCACUCCCAGUCAACGUCGCAGCUGUUUCAGCUUACCAAGGUCCAGAGCGUCGUCAACGUCGUGCCGUUCCAGGUGCUGCUUAA